UUUGAGUGUCCUCUGGGAGAGCUUAAGUGUGAGACGGUCAAUCAGUGUUACGAUGCCAGCUGGAAGUGUGACGGAGACAAAGACUGCGAGGAUGGCAGUGACGAAGCAGGCUGUAAGGUCAAGUGUGAAGAUGGAAUGGUUCAGUGUGACGAUGGUGAGUGCAUUCGGGCCUCGUGGCGAUGUGACGGCCAGAGGGACUGUUCCGAUGGUAGUGACGAGGAGGCUUGUGAGGUCACAUGCACGGACGAACAAUUUCGGUGUUUUACUAAUAUCACUUGCAUCUGGCGGUCCUGGGUUUGCGACGGCGAUACGGACUGCACAGACGGCAGUGAUGAACAGGGCUGUGACGAAGGAAAGCCUGGAUGUGGCACGGGACAGUUAACAUGCAGGAAUGGCCGCUGCGUCAAUUCCAAUUUGGUGUGUGACGGGAACGACGAUUGCGGUGACGGUAGUGACGAGGAGAAAUGCCCGGAGCCUGGAUGCGCAGAGGGCGAAUUCACGUGUUCGAACGGCAAGUGUAUCAAAGCUACAGCCAAAUGCAACGGUGCGGACGAGUGCGGAGACAGGAGCGACGAGGAAGAUUGUCUGACGGAAAGUGGCUGCUCUAAAAACCAGUUCCGUUGCGUGUCCGAUGGAACCUGCAUCCCUGCAACUUGGCGCUGUGAUGACGAAGAUGAUUGCACAGACAGUAGCGACGAGUUCGGAUGUGGAAAGGUCAGCUGCCUCCGGAACUACUUCAGUUGUUCUUCGGGAACUGAGUGCGUGCCUGACUUCUUCCGCUGUGACAAGGAGAAUGACUGUGAUGACGGCAGUGAUGAGUUGGGUUGUGAUGAGAAAGUGUCGUGUUCCGGAACCGAGUUUUCCUGUCGCUCCACCGACAACUGCGUCCCCGAGACUUUCGUUUGUGACGGUGACAACGACUGCUCCGACGGAAGUGAUGAAGAAAACUGCCCGGAAAAAGGAAAAUGUAGAGGAGGCGAGUUCACAUGUGACGACAAAACGUGCAUAUCCUCGACCUGGCGCUGUGAUGGAGACGAAGACUGCUUGAACGGCGAGGACGAGGCUGGCUGUGCAGAGAUAACAUGCAACGCCGAGGAGUUCCGCUGCGCGUCCGGCGAGUGCAUCCCGAGGGUCUUCGCUUGUGAUGGCGCCGAGGACUGCUUCGACUUGUCGGACGAACAGAACUGUACACAGGAGCUGAACUGCGGCGAAGACUCGUUCCCUUGCGGCACUCUGUGUCUACCGCGGGAGAGGAUCUGUGAUGGCACUGUAGACUGCAAGGACGGCACUGACGAGAAUAAUUGUGCAACUGAGACCGAAAUCCCAACGACGGAGCCAGUAACGACAAUGGAAACGACCCCGUUCACGACAGAAAUGAUUCAGGUGGAAUGUAUCGAGAACCAGUUCAAAUGCGCCCAGGAGAACCUGUGCAUUCUCGCUUCCUGGCGCUGUGACGGAGACGAGGACUGUGCCGAUGGGAGCGACGAGGCAGGCUGUACGGUUGUGUGCGAAGAAAACGAAUUCAUGUGCGCCUCAGGAGACAUGUGCGUCUUCAAAUCCUGGCAGUGUGAUAAGGAACCAGACUGCAGAGACCACAGUGACGAGGCUGACUGUGAAGAGACGGAAUGUGACGAAGAUGAGUUCAGAUGCGCAACAGGAGACAAGUGCAUCCUUUCAUCAUUUCGUUGUGAUACAGAUAAUGAUUGUGAUGAUGGCAGUGAUGAAGAGGACUGUGAUAAGAUUACCUGCAGAGAUGAUCAGUUUACUUGCAAAAGCGAUGGCACAUGCAUCCCCUUGGCCUGGAAGUGUGAUUCUGACAACGACUGUCUCGAUAACAGCGACGAGGAUCAGUGUGAGGAAGAAACCUGCAGAGAUGAUCAGUUUACUUGCAAAAGCGAUGGCACAUGCAUCCCCCUGGUCUGGAAGUGUGAUUCUGACAACGACUGUCUCGAUGACAGCGACGAGGAUCAGUGUGAGGAAGAAAAACAAUGUGGAAUCGACAAUUAUAAAUGCAGAGAUGACAGAUGCAUACCCUUGGACUGGGUCUGUGAUGGCGAGGAAGACUGUGACAGUGGUGACGAUGAAGAAAAAUGCAGCUCUCAACUCGAGUGUAAAGUAGGCGAAGUGUUGUGCGCAGGAAACUCCACUUGUCUGCCGAAGAGCAAGUGGUGUGAUGGUGCCAAGGACUGUGAGGACGGCAGCGACGAAGCGGACUGUGGUGUGAAGGUCAAUCCGAGGGAAAAAUGCAGAGACAACGAGCUAGUGUGCAAGUCAACGGGUUCCUGUAUAUCUUUCUUCGAUGUGUGUGAUGGCAUAAGCGACUGUGACGACGGCAGUGACGAGGACCAGUGCAUAGUAGGUGUUUGGAGCUGGUGCGGCUUGUUGGCGUGAAAAAAGGUUGAUGCUGCUGUCUGU